UCCCGGACUCUCAGCCAGUCGGCAGCGCAGCAGCGCACAGCGAGCGCCAAGGCAGCCUCCGCCAGCACCAGCCCAGACUCCGCGGGAGCGCACAGCCGCCACCCGCGACCUCGCGGAGCGCUCCCUCCUGCGCAGUGCAGACCACCCGGAGGAGAAUAUGGAUUGGAGCACACUACAGACUAUUCUGGGGGGUGUCAAUAAACACUCCACCAGUAUUGGGAAGAUCUGGCUCACAGUCCUCUUCAUUUUUCGCAUUAUGAUCUUGGUAGUAGCCGCAAAGGAAGUGUGGGGAGAUGAGCAAGCCGAUUUUAUCUGCAACACUCUACAACCUGGGUGCAAAAAUGUGUGCUAUGAUCACUAUUUCCCCAUCUCUCACAUCCGACUCUGGGCCCUUCAACUGAUCUUUGUGUCCACACCAGCUCUCUUGGUGGCCAUGCACGUUGCCUACCGGAGACAUGAGAAGAAAAGGAAGUUCAUUAAGGGAGAGAUAAAGAGUGAAUUUAAAGACAUUGAAGAGAUCAAAACCCAGAAGGUCCGCAUUGAAGGGUCACUGUGGUGGACCUACACUAGCAGCAUCUUUUUCCGGGUCAUCUUUGAAGCGGUCUUCAUGUAUGUCUUCUAUAUCAUGUAUGAUGGGUUCUCCAUGCAGCGUUUGGUGAAAUGCAAUGCGUGGCCUUGUCCCAAUACAGUGGACUGCUUUGUUUCCAGGCCCACGGAAAAGACUGUCUUCACAGUUUUUAUGAUUGCAGUGUCUGGAAUUUGCAUACUGUUAAAUGUCACUGAAUUGUGUUAUUUGCUAAUUAGAUAUUGUUCCGGAAAGUCAAAAAAACCAGUUUAACACAUUACCCAGCCAGCGGAUAAAAGAUAGGGAGAAAAGGAUGAGGCACAGGUGCUUUGCUGUCCAGGCACAGUCACCAGCAUUUCCCAAGAUCAAGAUUCUUAUCUUAAACGCAACCAUUUGAAACUGCUCUAGAUCUCAGUGAAACUCCAGAUGCCUCCAGCAGAGCUUUACUCUCCUGAAGCUUGAAAACAAAGGCAUAAUUCUAUGCCUAUACUGAUUUGUACUACAAUUAGUUCCAGUAAAACCCCAUGCUGGAAGGGGUUGUGGGUGUAGGUACUCUCAAAUUUUAAAUAAAGGACAUCAGCAUUUGUUUCUCUUUCUUUGAGGAAAGGAGAGAAACUCUGAGUUCUAAAGAGGAUGCUGAGAAGUUUGGGUUUCUUCCCUUAGGGUUCCCUUUGCCGCAUUCCCUGAAUUAAAGGUGAACAUAGAGAUCCUUGAUUCUUUUAUUCGCUUGGAAAGUUUUAGUCUCUAACAAUGGGCAGGGUUAUCUAAUGCUUCAAACUCUGUCAUGCUUUUUUUUUUUAAGUGAAAACUUUAAAAUGGGUAUGUUC